AUCGGAACUCUUUCUCUUCUUCCUGUCGCGAACAACAUGGCGGCUGACGCAGAUGAUAGUAAAUAUUUUGUGAGAGAAAUUGAGAAAAACAACGGUUGUGCCUUAAAAGUGAGGCAGUGCUACUUAGGAGACGUUGGUUGUGUGGUAUGGGAUGCAGCUAUCGUUCUUGCAAAAUAUUUGGAGACGGAACAAUUUUACGACCCGUCUAAAGGAGUGAACGUCUGGGCAGGCAGGAGUGUGGUGGAGUUAGGAGCUGGGACAGGAGUAGUUGGUCUGAUGGCAGCAACCCUGGGAGCUCAAGUGACCGUGACAGACCUGGAGGAUUUGCAGACCCUCCUGAGAAUGAACAUCCAGGAAAACCAAGCACUUAUCAAUAGUGGAUCCAUAACUGCCAAGGUACUGAAAUGGGGUGAAGAUGUGUCUGAGUUCUUCCCUCCCCCACAUUAUGUCCUUAUGGCAGACUGCAUCUAUUAUGAGCAGUCAAUUGUUCCACUGGUGGAGAGCUUGAAGCUGCUCUCUGGGCCAGAGACCUGCAUUAUUUGCUGCUAUGAGCAACGCACUGAGGGCGUCAAUCCAAAAGUGGAAAGACGUUUUUUUGAGUUGCUGAAACAACACUUCAGCUGUGAGGAGAUCCCUUCAGACAAACAAGACCCAGAGUUCAGCAGUCCAGACAUCCACAUCCUGCACAUCCGAAGAAAAGUCUAAGUUUGUGUGGUAAUAUUUGUGUUUACAGUAAUUAGUAUUCCAUGCUAAUACCAGUGAAAGGGAAAAGUCUGUCUUGGCAUGUGUAGAAUAUUCAGUGUAUCUUAAUUUCUGCACUAUUUUUUAAAACAUUUUUCUAAGAAAAAUAUUUUGUAAUAUAUCAGUAAAUACUGUCCUGGUGUGUGAUUCAAGUAAAAAAAAAAAAAGUGAACCCAUUAUAAGAUUUUUUUUUUUUUUUUUUUUAAAACACAACAGUUUCAUUGGUCUGUGUAACUGCAGGGCUGUGAAGGUACAGCAGGUGGCAGCCAUGUGGCUCAUGUGCAAGCACAGACAUGACAGGCUGUAAUGAUCUUUAAUAGAGGGAAUUGUUUAAGCUAGAGGGGUCGAACAAAGACCAUGGAGGGACUGAACUAUGGUUUCUAUGCACUCAUUUUGAUGUUUGAGCUUGAGGAUGAGUCUUGCAAAUGUUUGUGAUUUUUUUGUUUUUAUGCAAAACACAGUUAAGCAGAUGACAAAGUCAAGGUGUAAGAGUUUACACCUCAGUUAACAGCAAGAGACAUCAAACAUGAAACUAUUCUUGUGCUGCAAUUUGGUUCUGUAGUAAAUGAUUUAACUUAAAUUGUUUAUUGGGUCAUAACAUUAAGAUAAUAUGCACAUUCACAUGUUUAUUUAAAAGAUUUGAAGCACAUGUUCUCUUGAGACUCUCCCACAGAAAUUAGUAACUACUGACGAUGAUAAGUUGCUGUCAGUGUGGUUUUCACAUUGCUUCCAAUUGUAAAUGAGGUAUGUAAAUUCAGACAUUGCUCAUUUGGAGCACUAGGGGGCAAUAAUUGCUUAAAAUCCAAAUAAAUAGUGUUCAACUGUG